UGAAAUGACGAAUCUUCGAGAUGAAUGGGCAAACCAUAAGCCGGGCCAUUCGCCGUAUACCGCAACAGUUCUCAUGGUGAUCUAUUCCUUUGCCUACUAUGCCAAAAGCGGAGUGUUCGCGUUCAAAAUGUGUCAGAUUCUAAUGUAGCUAGUCAGAGCCCUUCAAUGCUUGACACAAAAGAUCCGCAAUGGAUGCCUCUUGUGAUACGCUGGUACUUUCUGUUCCAUCAAUCGUUCUCAUUUUCUCCGCAUUACACGAUAUAUACUCUAGUCUCGAGUGGUACAAAUAUAGUCCACAGUCAUCGCUCGUUAGUAAUUACAUUACCGGCGAUCGCCCCCACUUCAUGGGGUGGCGGCUUUACUAGGCACCAAGUACGAUUUCAACAUCUCAAUGAUGCCGACUCCGAUCUACCCAAGAAAGCUGCUCAGAUGAGACAGCGGUUCUUUGCUCAGCUUCUACGAACUUCGUUAGACGGCCAAGAAGAAUCCUUGGGGGAAAGUGUACUUGGCACACGAAUUGCAACUGAGCGACGUAUACUCGUAAACCACCGGAUCGCCAUCACACUCUGCGUUGUCUUCUCCGUGUUGUUCUGCAGAUUUAUAGCCCUGCUGCGGUUCUCUCGGCAAAGAAACAGACCGUUGCAUCUUCGUCGCAACCCAAGCAGCGUUCUUGGGUUGUGCUCAACUAUCGUCCAAAGGACGACUGUACUGCAUCUGUUCAAGUCACUUGACCUUGCCUCAAGGCGAGCGUUGAAGGCUCACCUCGCCACACGUACUUUCGCCACCUCGUCUAAAGAGCUCUACGGAUCCGCAACUUGGUUGGUUUGCUUGCAUACGUCCUGGCAUUGUUAGUAGCAACGGCAUUACUGUUCAAGUACGCGCGAACGUUGACUGUGCGUCAGGGAC